AACAUUGAUCAAGUAUUGGAAAGUAAAAUACCUUAAGGACGAAAAUGAACCGGAGAUGCCAAGUCUUGCCGAAAAAAGAUUUGAUAAGCCAAACUGGCCAACUUCGUACCCAUUUGAACUUGUUAUUAUAAGCGCAUGGAAUGAUGUCGGAAAUCCGGAAAACUUUGACAUGGCAAAGGCUCUUCAUGCUGUGCUGACAUCACUCAUAAAUCAUAGAAGUUUCAAGAUUAUGUUGGUGAAACAAAUGAAAUAUAGUAGUGGCUUGGCUCGAAAUAGUAAAACUCCAUUCAUCAUGGACCCUGCAAAUCCGUUUAACGACAUGUAUCACGGUCUUGUUGGUGGUGAAGCUUAUGAUUGGGAAAAUGUUGUACCGGAAGCCAAACGCUGGCUCAGUCAACCCCUAUUCUCCGGUAUUGAACCAUCAAAACGGUGGUAAAUCAAAACUAUGAAGGAGCAAUUAAGCAAAAUUUACGAUAAUUCAUUUAUGUAAAUAAAUGUGUGAGGAGAUGUUUGCAUUUACAUGUUCUUAUUGUAACAAUAAUGGUAUGUCUUGUUAUUAGAAAUAGAAAGAAAAACAAAGCAAUGUGCAUCUUAAAGGAGAUAUUUAUGGUUUAAAUGGAGUAUCACAUAUUCAUGCAACCACUUUUAAUAACUGUUUUCUUUAUAUGAAAUAUCAUUGUCAAGUAACACAUCUCAUAUAGUAAUACAUGUAUUUAGAACAAUAUUAAAUAAAUGAGGCACACUUGUAACUUUAAUAGCAAAAGAAUCAUUGAAAAAACCAAAUCAGAAAAUAUUUGUUCAUUGUUAACAAUAUUAGAAUUCAAACAUGCUGUAUAGGCGGGCACGUUUUUUUAGAAGAUUUAUUUAGUACAAAUGUUUACUCUGAAUUGUAUAAAGGAAUAUCUAAUGAAAUGUUUUAAUAAACUUUAUAAACUGUU